UAUUUUAGGUCCAAAUUCCUGCUUACACAAGUUCCACAUCUUUUCUUUCCUGUCCAUGACACAGAGCUAUGCUGCCGACCAUGACACUGGAAAGACUUCCUGGCUGGCUGAAUGCUGUGACCUGUGGGCUCCUGCUUCUCUUCCUACAUGUGCAAGGCCAGGACUCAACCAGCCCCAUCAGGAACACACACACUGGCCAGGUUAGAGGAAGCCUCGUCCAUGUGAAGGGCACCACAAUUGGUGUCCAUACUUUCCUGGGAAUUCCCUUUGCCAAGCCACCUGUAGGACCUCUGCGAUUUGCACCCCCUGAGGCCCCUGAACCAUGGAGUGGUGUGAGAGAUGGGACCUCCUACCCAGCCAUGUGUCUACAAAGUGAUAUGAUGGAUUCAGAGGGUCUGAAGAUGCUGAAACUCAUCAUGCCUCCCAUUUCUAUGUCUGAGGACUGCUUGUAUCUCAACAUCUACACACCAACCCAUGCCCAUGAAGGCUCUAACCUGCCUGUAAUGGUGUGGAUCCAUGGUGGUGCUCUGGUAGUAGGCAUGGCUUCCAUGUAUGAUGGAUCUACGCUAGCAGCCACUGAGGAUGUGGUGGUGGUCAAUAUCCAGUACCGUCUAGGUGUCCUGGGCUUCUUCAGCACUGGAGACCAACAUGCCAGAGGCAACUGGGGCUACCUGGACCAAGUGGCUGCCCUACGCUGGGUCCAGCAGAACAUCGCCCACUUUGGAGGCAACCCUGACCAGGUCACCAUUUUUGGCGAGUCUGCAGGUGGCACAAGUGUGUCUUCACAUGUUGUGUCCCCCAUGUCCAAAGGACUCUUCCAUGGUGCCAUCAUGGAGAGUGGAGUGGCCAUAUUGCCUGAUCUCAUCUCCAACUCCUCUGAGGAGGUUUAUCAAAUGGUGGUACAUCUAUCUGAUUGUGCAGCUGUGAACACAGAGACUCUGGUGCGCUGUCUACGAGGCAAAGAUGAAGCGGAGAUUCUGGCUAUUAACAAGGUCUUCAAGGUCAUCCCUGCUGUGGUAGAUGGGGAGUUCUUUCCCAGGCACCCUAAGGAGCUGUUGGCCUCUGCUGAUUUUCACCCUGUCCCCAGCAUCAUUGGUGUCAACAAUAAUGAAUAUGGCUGGCUUCUCCCUAUGAUCAUGGGCUCUGCUCAGAAAAUAAAGGAAAUAACCAGAAGGACCCUGCCUGCUGUUCUAAAGAGCACAGCAGCACAGAUGGUAAGAAUCUCAGGGCAUUGUCAUAACUGCAAAACAGUUCUAGGCCAAGUGCUGCCAUGUCACCACAUGUCCUUACAUCCAGGUUCCCAUGCUCCUGUCUACUUCUAUGAGUUCCAGCAUCCACCCAGCUUCUUCAAGGAUAUGAGGCCACCAUAUGUGAAGGCUGACCAUGGUGAUGAGAUUCUCUUUGUCCUUGGGUCCUUCUUCUGGGGCAUGAAAUUUGACCUCACUGAGGAGGAAGAGCUACUCAACAGGAGGAUGAUGAAGUACUGGGCCAACUUUGCAAGACAUGGGAACCCCAACAGCGAGGGUCUACCCUACUGGCCCAUGUUGGACCAUGAUGAGCAGUACCUGCAGCUGGAUAUCAAGCCUGCUGUGGGCCAAGCCCUGAAGGCCAGAAGGCUGCAGUUCUGGACAAAAACUCUACCUCAGAAGAUCCAGGAGCUAAAGGGGGCUCAGAAGAGGCACAAAGAGUUGUAGUGCCCUGUGUGAAGAGGCAUGUGUGAUCAUGGAGGGUGGGUUCUGUCUGAGGUUUGUAAAUUCUUUUCGUCCUAACAUUCACAUAAGCAUUCCUAACAUAUGCAGUUACCCAUUUUACCAAUGUGUAUGAUAAGCCCUCUACAUGCUACAGCUUCACAAAACACUACCAAUCUUCUGUUAGAUCCACUCAAUAAAAGUUCUUAUGACUA